CGACAUAAUGAACGCGAUGGCAGAGGAGGAAACGGGUCGUGUGCGUGCAGCCAUGACCUCGCCGCCGCGAGCUCAUCAUUACACCUCUCUGCAUUCCUCUUUUCUCGACCAACCACCAGACAUAUGACCCUACGGUUGGCUCGUCCGGUGCAACGCCUGUUCACCAUCACAACAUCGACAACUCGAUACACAAACACGACCUCGCGUAUUACUUUUCCGCGUUUCUGCACAUCAACCCCACUCUCGAAGAGAACCUUCGCGAGCACAUCAGCCAUGGCGAACGAAGUCAAGCACGACAACAAGGAGCCAGAGAAAGACGAGUCGGGCAUCGAAGAGUGGAAGAAGCGAGCUCCGUACAAGAUCCAUGACAAGAACGAGGACUUCAAGCACCUCUACGAAGCAUCUUGCCACUGUGGUGCUGUGCAGUACGAGUUGAGCAGAAAGGAGCCAUUGGACAGCAAGCUCUGCCAUUGCACGACUUGUCAAACUCAGCACGCUGCUCCUUUCCAGUGGGCUGCUAUCUUCAAGAAAGACGACAUCAACUUCAAGAACGGACAUCAUGACUUGGAGUGGUACGACCCGACCUCCAAGUCCAAGGAGCACAAGCUUCCAUGCAAAGUGAGGUGCAAGCACUGCUACAGUCCCAUCAUGGACGAGGGACGCAACAUGAUCUUGCUGUUUCCAAGCUUGAUCAAAUUCAAGUCGGAUCAGGAGAAGGCGAACUUCAAGCCGAGACUACACAUGUUCUACGGGCAGCGUGUCAUGGACGUGCCAGACGGACUUCCCAAGUGGACUGGUCUGAACGAGGGCGAAGGCUCCAACCUCAUCGAGGACAGCCCGCCAGACAUGGUCAAGGAGCUUGAGCGGAAGCGCGUGCAGGAGCAGAAGGACCGUGUUGAGAAGGGUGAGAACAAGGCUUGACUGCCCAAAUUGUGAUGAGUUGUCUGGCAUUAGGAAAACAGAACCGAUGAGAUGUUACGAGAUGAUGAGUGAACGGAACAGACUUGGAAGCGUGGAGUUGAGGAGUCGAACCUGCUGAGGAAAGCAGCAUUGGUGGCAUAACGAGCUUUCGAGAAGCUCCAAAAGCCAUCGCGUCGUGUGCAGCCACAGCGCAGAAUCGCAGAA